AUGGCAGCUGAUACUCUUGACGCUCAAGAUUUCGGGCAUCUCCGACGGUGCAUCGCUCUGGCUGCCGAGGCUCUGGAGGCCGGUGACGCGCCCUUUGGAUCCGUCCUCGUCGACCAGGCCGGUGCUGUGCUCAAGGAAGAGCGCAACGAGAUCGCCACAAAGAACGACGCAACUAGGCACCCGGAAUUUGAGCUCGCCCGAUGGGCUGCAGCGCAUCUGACGCCCGCUCAACGCACUACGGCCACCGUCUACACCUCGGGAGAGCACUGUCCCAUGUGCUCGGCAGCCCAUGCAUGGGUGGGACUCGGGCGCAUCGUCUAUGUUGCUUCGGCGGCACAGCUCGGCGAGUGGCAGCGGUCGUGGGGAGUGCCAUCAUCCGGCGUCGCGUACUUGCCUGUGCAGCAAGUGGCUCCCGGCAUCAAGGUGGUUGGGCCGGUGCCGAAACUCGAGCAGCAAAUCAAGGCUCUUCAUGAGCAAAGUGCCGCUUUAUCAAGGCAGUGA